UAUCAUCAACAAAUGUGGCAAGAAAGAAGAUCGUGAUCGUUCGUUGUUGGACGCCCCAAAUUCUUCCUCUUCAUUUCAGGAACAAUGAGAAUUGUGUUGAAGCUGCAUAGUGAAGGAAUCUACAUUGAGCACAGCUUAUCCUCUACGAAGACAAGAUCAACUCUACUAAGAUGUUGACACGUAGAUCCUUUCAAUCUCUAAGAUGUAUCGCAGCAACCAUCGUCAUCGUCUUCUUGAUCGGCUGCUUUCUAGCCAUCGGGAGAAUCACAAAAGAAGAAUCCAAACAGGACGAGCAAUUCAAAGUGCACCAAGCCGCUCUGAAGGACAGUUUGAAAAUACAACAGCAAGCAAUUGAACUCAAAGAUAAACUCAAAGCAUUCGAAGAAGCCAGAAUUGACCGAAAACAUGACCAACACAUGGACAACAAUAAUAUUAUCUUUCCGAUUCCAAAGCUGGAAAACAAACUACCGCCCGUUCCAGGAAUCAAGCCCUUACCCGAUGCCAAACUGAACAAGUUUAACAUUAGCGCAGUACCCCUCCCAAAUUAUAAUGUCCACAUUUUCUACUAUCCAUGGUACGGUAAUCCGAAAUUCGACGGGAGGUAUGUUCACUGGAACCACGACAGACUCAAGCACUGGGAUAAAAAGAUCGCCAGCAAGUUUUCGACGGAGGGACACGUACCACCGGAUGAUGUCGGUGCUAGUUUCUACCCAGCGCUUGGCAGUUACAGUUCCAGGGAUCCCUACGUGAUUGAUCAACAUAUGCAACAGAUGAGAAUAGCUGGAACCGGUGUGCUUGUGUUGUCAUGGUACCCACCAAACAAAUACGACGACGCUGGUUUGCCAAGUGAUGACCUGGUUCCCCUGCUACUGAACGCCUGCCAUAAAUAUGACCUCAAGCUGGCGUUUCAUAGUGAGCCGUACAAGAACCGAACAGAGUUGACCUUCCUGAACGAUCUAAGGUACAUCGUUGACACAUAUGGGAACCACCCUGCCUUGUACAAGUACCACCACAAAGGCGUAGACUUACCCCUUGUGUACCUCUAUGACUCCUACCUAACGAGCCCACGAGCCUGGGCUCGAAUCCUCAAGAAGAACACCCCAAUGAGCAUCCGCAACACCAACUAUGACGCCGUAAUCAUAGGGUUAUUUGUGGAGCAAAAACAUAACACUGAGUUAUUCACAGGCGGCUUCGAUGGGUUUUACACGUACUUCGCGUCGAACCUGUUCACGUUCGGGUCCCACUGGAACAACUGGAAGUUUCUGUCCACCACAGCGAAGCGCAACUCCAUGAUUUUCAUCCCGAGCGUUGGACCGGGUUACGACGACGUAGCAGUCCGACCCUGGAACGCCAAGAACACGCAGGAACGCCGAAACGGGGAAUACUACAAAAAUGCCUUCACGGCGGCCAUGAACUACAGUCCCCCUAUUAUUUCCAUUACAUCAUUUAACGAGUGGCACGAGGGGACGCAGAUUGAGAGCGCUGUCCCCAAACACACCGGGAAGGUCAAAUAUUUGGACUAUCGACCAAAUAAAUCCAACUACUAUUUGGAUUUAACUAGACAACUAGUGGAUAAGUUUUCCGGUUGGAAACGGUAGUAUUUAUGGAACCUUUUUGUUAUGUGCCCUGUGUGUUGUUAAAGCAGCAACCAAAGUCUGUUUUCAUUAUACUAUAAGGUAACCAGACUAUUUUGCACUUCUUGAUUAUAGGGACUUUGUAACUUACUUUUAUCAGUUAUUUAUUUGUAUCAAGCAUAAGCCCCUAUGUCACACAAGGCAAUUUACGGGCAACCAGUGCCAGGCAGCGGCUAUGAACUAAAUGCAUUCACAUUUAAAGACCCUGGACACUAUUGGUAAGUGUCAAAGACCAGUCUUCUCACUUGGUAUAUCUCAACAUAU